AUGGGUGAAUGUCCCGUUCACAAGCCUGCCAAUGUGGCUGGUGCUGGCACCAGGAAUCGCGACUGGUGGCCAGAGAACUUGAAGCUCAAUAUUCUGCGCCAGCAUACCGAAGCCACCAACCCAAUGGGCACAGAUUUUGAUUAUGCUCAAGCUUUCAAGAGCCUGGAUUACUAUGCCUUGAAGAAGGAUCUGCACAACCUGAUGACCGAUUCUAAGGAUUUCUGGCCUGCCGACUUUGGCCACUACGGUGGUUUGUUUAUUCGUAUGGCAUGGCACAGUGCCGGUACCUACCGUGUGUUUGACGGCCGUGGCGGUGGUGGCCAGGGCCAACAGAGAUUUGCCCCACUUAACAGCUGGCCCGACAAUGUUAGUCUGGACAAGGCCCGCCGCCUUCUGUGGCCCAUCAAGCAGAAAUAUGGUAACAAGAUUUCAUGGGCUGACUUGCUGCUUCUGACUGGCAAUGUCGCCCUGGAGUCUAUGGGCUUUAAGACCUUCGGUUUUGCCGGUGGUCGUCCCGAUGUUUGGGAGGCUGAUGAGUCCGUUUACUGGGGUGGCGAAACCGUGUGGUUCACCAACGACGUUCGUUACCGUCCCGAGUCCGACCAGGAAAAGCAAAAGCAGAGCGAUAUCCGCACCCGUGACCUUGAGAACCCCCUGGCUGCUGUCGUUAUGGGUUUGAUUUACGUUAACCCCGAGGGUCCUGAUGCCAACCCUGACCCCGUUGCCGCUGCCCGUGAUAUCCGUAUCACCUUCGGCCGCAUGGCCAUGAACGACGAGGAGACCGUGGCUUUGAUUGCUGGUGGCCACACCUUUGGUAAGACCCACGGUGCUGGUCCAGCCGAUAACGUCGGCCAGGAGCCCGAGGCUGCCGGUCUUGAGCAGCAAGGUCUUGGCUGGACCAGCAAGUUCGGCACCGGAAAGGGCGCCGACGCCAUCACAUCUGGUCUGGAGGUUACAUGGACUAAGACUCCCACCAAGUGGAGCAACCAGUUCCUCGAGUACCUCUUCAAGUACGAGUGGGAGCUGACCAAGUCCCCUGCCGGUGCCAACCAGUGGACCGCCAAGACUAACGACGAGAUCAUUCCUCACGCCUUCGACCCCAACAAGAAGCAGAAGCCCCGCAUGCUCACCACUGAUCUGUCUCUGCGCUUUGACCCUGAGUACGAGAAGAUCUCCCGCCGCUUCCUUGCCAACCCUGACCAGCUGGCUGAUGCCUUCGCUCGUGCUUGGUUCAAGUUGCUCCACCGUGAUAUGGGUCCCCGUGUUCGCUGGCUCGGACCUGAGGUUCCCUCCGAGACUCUCCUCUGGGAGGAUCCCAUCCCUGCUGUGAACCACCCUCUCAUUGACGUUGAGGAUGUCGCUGAGCUGAAGCGCGAGAUUCUUGCCACUGGCGUCGAGCCCACCAAGUUCAUCUCAACUGCCUGGGCAUCCGCCUCUACCUUCCGUGGUGGUGACAAGCGUGGUGGUGCUAACGGUGCUCGCAUUCGUCUUUCCCCACAGAACAGCUGGGAGGUCAACAACCCCGCUCAGCUGCGUGAGGUCCUGAACGCCCUGGAGGACAUUCAGCGCCGCUACAACAGCUCCCAGACUGGCAACAAGCGCGUCUCCCUGGCUGAUCUCAUUGUCCUUGCCGGUAGCGCUGCUUUGGAGAAGGCCGCCGGUAUCCCGGUCCCCUUCACUCCCGGUCGCAUGGAUGCCACCCAGGAAGAGACCGAUGCCGACUCCUUCGGCUUUCUCGAGCCUUGGGCCGAUGGAUUCCGCAACUACGGCCGCUCCACCGGCCGUGUGCGCAGCGAGCAGAUGCUCGUCGACCGUGCUCAGCAGCUCACUCUCACUGCUCCUGAACUCACUGUCCUUGUUGGUGGUCUCCGUGUCCUCAACGCCAACUACAACCGCUCCAGCGCCGGUGUCCUCACCCAGCGCCCUGGCCAGCUGACCAACGACUUCUUCGUCAACCUCCUUGACAUGAACACCGACUGGAAGCCCACUACCGCUGAUAACGAGACCUUCGAGGGAGUUGACAGCAAGACUGGAGCUAAGAAGUGGACUGCUACCCGUGUUGAUCUAGUCUUCGGCCACCACGCUGAGCUGCGCGCUCUUGCUGAGCUCUACGGUUGCCAUGAUGGCCAGGCUCAGUUCGUUCGUGACUUUGUCGCCGCUUGGGACAAGGUUAUGAACUUGGACCGCUUCGACCUGGCGUACGCUGCUCCUUUCAGCCGCCCUGCUCGUCUUUAA